UCUAAGCUUAUUGGAGGGCCGACUUGCUUUACGGCUCCGGGCCUCUUUUUACAGCAUUUUCCGGCCUCCCAUUCACUUCGCUGUGAAGAUGGCGUCGGGCAGCGGGACAAAAAACUUGGACUUUCGCCGAAAGUGGGACAAAGAUGAAUACGAAAAGCUUGCCGAGAAGAGGCUCACGGAAGAGAGGGAGAAGAAGGAUGGAAAACCAGUGCAGCCAGUCAAGCGGGAACUUCUGCGACACAGAGACUACAAAGUGGACCUGGAAUCUAAGCUUGGGAAGACAAUUGUCAUUACCAAGACCACCCCACAGUCUGAGAUGGGAGGAUAUUAUUGCAACGUCUGCGACUGUGUGGUGAAGGAUUCCAUCAAUUUCCUGGAUCACAUUAACGGAAAGAAACAUCAGCGAAACCUGGGCAUGUCUAUGCGUGUGGAACGUUCUACACUGGAUCAGGUGAAGAAACGUUUUGAGGUCAACAAGAAGAAGAUGGAAGAGAAGCAGAAGGAUUAUGAUUUUGAGGAAAGGAUGAAGGAGCUCAGAGAAGAAGAGGAAAAGGCUAAAGCCUACAAGAAAGAGAAACAGAAGGAGAAGAAAAGGAGGGCUGAGGAGGACUUGACAUUUGAAGAGGAUGAUGAGAUGGCAGCUGUGAUGGGCUUCUCUGGCUUUGGUUCCACGAAGAAAAGUUACUGAUGCUUUCUAUACUUGGCCUAAUUUUGGCCUAUGCUGGACCUAACUGUGUGUGUGUAUGUGUUGGGGGUAAGGGAAACACUUCUUUUUGGGUACUGGGGAAAAUCCUGAAGAGUGUCAGUGGGGAGGGCUAGAGGGUGGGUGUUUGUGAUUUCCCUCUACCUUGGGAGAGGGCACAGGAUGCAGAGGUAAUGCUAUGGCAUAUUCCUUGAGCCUCAGUUUAUCGCUGGAGUCACAGGACCUCUGCCCAUCUGAGUUCCCAAUAAAACAAAACAAAACCCACCUUCCCUCGGAGGCUGCUUUCCCAAAAGCCUCUGCAUCUUCAUCCAUUCACCUUCUUGUCUGAGCAUCCUACCUUUAUCCUGUGUUCUGCCUUUGUUUUAAUUUUGACUUAAUGUUCAGCCUGCAGCAGAAGGGAUCUCAGGCUCCCCACUUUCCAGUUGAUGGGAUAUCCUUGACAAGCCCUUCCUUCUCCCAUCCUGCCCUGAGGUUCUUCAGCCACCUGUGCAUGCAUGUGUACUUCUGCCUGGGUCAGUGGUGUGUGCGGAUGUGUGUGCAUGAAUCUGUCACAUAGAGGGGGCCUGCGCUAGAAUCUCAGAGCAUUGUUGCCUUGGGGCCUGAUGUUCUCGCCUCCUCAGAGCAUGUAACAGGAAAUUAAAUGGGAUGAGUGUUUGGUGUGGCUUGUGUCUGGUGAGUUUUUUAACAUUGUUCUUCGGAUGUAGACUGUUUCAACUACUGUUUGUUUCCUUUUACUGAGGAUUUCUCUGUUUUUGUCUUCCUUGUGAGCAGGCUCUUGGAAGAACCUGUUUGAUGCAAAAAAGAAAACAACAACAAAAAACAACAAAAACUCAAAACCUCAUUGUGGGAGCCCUUGGGUCGCAGGGCUAUUCAACAUGUAUAAUAAAUAGCAUUGAGUGGGCCUGUUUCACAUUUGGUGGGAACAUUUCCAAAAUCUUCCCUUUGUAUGUUUUCCUUUAUCUCACUGAGGAUUUCCAGAUAGAGCUUUUAUACUCCUCCCUUCACUGACCCCUCUUCCCUUUCAUUGACACCCCCCCCCCCCUUUUUUUUUUACUAGGUUCCUCCACUGUGCACUGUAGUUCCCUCUGAUACAGUAUCUGUGUCCAGAGGAGUCUGGACAAAACAGUUUCUAUAAUUUCAGUCUCCUUGGAUCUUCCUUGUUUUGGAACAGCAGAGCUCAGUUUAACUUAGUGUUUCUUUCACUAGCUUGGUUGGUCUAGGCACAGUUACUGAACUUUGGCACUGUUGACGUUGGGGCUGGAUAAUUCUGUGUCACAGAGACACUACUAUGUGUUACAGGAUGUUUAGCGUCAUCUCUAGCCUGUCCCCACUAGAUGCCAGUAGUACCUCCUCCUACAGCUGUGACAAUAAAAAAAGAUACAUCUAUGUUCCUGAGUGAAGGAGGCAAAAUCGCCCUGAGUGAAGGGGCAAAAUCGCCUUUGCUCUGUUGAGAACCUUUGAGAAUGAUGCCGCCUUCCCAGCUAUGGUCUGACUUGAGAGGUGGCACAGAACUAGCUAAUGAAAAACAAACCCCAAAUCUUUGUAGCCUAGACCAAGUACUGGACGUGGAAUGUGGGGGGUGGGGGGACAAAGCAGUCAAACACAGAAAAGAAUAAUAGUCAUUUUAAGCAGAUGACUAAUGCAACUACUGCUAGUGAUUCUGUACCCUGAAAAAGGAUCCACUUGGGUUAACAAGGUUGCCACCAUGUGGCUUACUUUCUUCCUCUGCUCUGUCUAGCUCUUCAGGCCCCUUUCUUUAGCAUCUGAACAACUGUGGAUUUUGCAAAGCACCAUACUCUUACCUUUGGAUUUUCAUACAAAAAUCCCUUGCUGCCACACAUGCCCUUUACUUGGUUAAUUUUUUGAUGCUGAAUAUUGCUCCAGGAACACUGUGACUGUGCCUUCUGUUGGGUUAAGGCAUGGGUCAACGUUUUAGAUAGAGUGUUGGCCUCCUUGAGACACCAGUGGAUUGUUUCCUUGGCAGGAUUAUGUGCACUAGAGCUCCAUGGGUAGUCUGCUGUAGUUGACUGGGUCAUCUUGUCACUCCUUUCAAGGCAAGCUGGAGCAGGUUUCAGUUUUUUCCAUGAUUCAGUCUUCAUUCUUUAGGAGGUCAUCUAAUUCAGUUUAGCUUCAAAUGAUUUCUCUCCCUCUAUGGUACAACCUCUGAUCACCUGUACUGAAAAGCAGUUCUAUAGCUGAUCUUUUCCAAAGGGCUGAGAAGCAAUUACUGAAAAGCAGUUCUAAAUUCCAGGUUCUCAAAGCCCUCUGGACUGACAAGUGAUGUGAGUCUAGUUCAUGAGUGUUUGGAGGGGCUUAAAGUGGUAGCUUGGAAAAGGGACGGAAGGAGAUGGGGUGGAAAUUCAGGAGUCCGGGGCAGUCCUAGAUGAUUUGAAAAUCUCUGAAGAGAAGCUCUUGACGUUGGAAGUCUAGCUAAGCGUGGAAGAUUUGUCUGGUUGAGGAAUGUGCUUCUGAGAGUCUACCUGAGUUAAUCUAGUUCUCAGGGCGAGCAUGUCACAGGCAGUACUGUGUUAAUGGAGCAAGGCAUCAGGGUCAGAUGUGCAGGGAUUACGUUCUUAGGGGAUGUCUAAAGUACUUAGGAACAAAAGAUGAUCCUUAUGGCUCACCUUAUGGUACCCUCAGGGCUUCCAGAAUUUCUCCCAUAACCUCCAAAAAUUUUAAAUGUGCAGAUUUAAUGCAGUGAUUCUACUCAAGCAUUUACCUUAAAAACAUAUUUGUGUGUGUGUACAUUUACAAACAAGGACAUUUACUACAGUUUUGUUUCUGAUAGUAAAACAUUUAAAAUAAUACUAGCACUUUUAUGCUAGGAUAUAAUGGAGCCAUUAUGUACAAAUAAUGUACUGACAGGGAAGAACUCCAAGACUAAAUACCCCAAAAAAGAAAAAAAGUCAUGUAGUUUACAUAUAUAAGUAGAGAAAAGUGGCACACUGACAUAUUCAGGAAGGAAAGGAAUUUUAGGAAGAGAGGUUACCUGUUUACAGUGUCCGUAAGAAUACGUAUGAAAAGUAGUAACAGGAAAUAAACUAUAUUUCUGAUUUAGUAGCAAACUUCCAAGAUCAGAUCUGAAAUACGUAUUUGUAAAGAUUCUACCCUCCCCCGCCCCGGAUCCGCACUGGCUUUGGACAUCCGAGUUAGUCCGGUGACCCUGUGAAGUUGCUGGGCGGGUCGGAGGCAAGCUGCAGGGCCUGCAGAAACGCGGGGUGGGUUGGGUGCCGCUGGGGAACAGCUCCCCGGGAGUACGGGGGCGGAGCCGCUGCUGCAGGUCCCUGGGUGGUCGCGCGUCAGCCUUGUGGAGGCGGGGCCACAAUGAACAGUCGUGGACGCUGAGCGGUCCGGGAGUAACCGGUUCCUGGUUUGCCCUCUAUGACGUCUGUUUGUGACGCGCGUCUCUCUGAGUCAAAGCACUGUGAUCUGACAGCAGCUUCUGGGCUGGCUUUAGCUCAGCGGUUCCUUCGUCUACUGGAUCAGACCUAGUCACCAACUCGUUGGUGGUUCGAGGCCCGCGGGUGCUUUUCCAGUCCUUUU